AUGCUCGUCCGCAAUCAUUACAGAGAAGGAACCAGCGCAGAAGACAUCGAGCCUAAAAUAUCCUUUGUGCUGGUAGCACGAGAGUUCAUCCAGAUAACGGUUUGGGUUCUGGAGUGUUUCGAGUCAGUCUUUAAAAGGGUGGCUCUCAACGGCCUCAGCGUUGGCCUGGCUGUACCUCAACAUGUAUGGCGGAUAAAUUUGGAUACCCCAGAGGAGGCUCAUCAAAAUCUCUCUUUUGGUGCUGCGGAUCGCUGGUGGGAGCAAGUAGAUCUGACCAAGUUGAUUUUAGCCUCAAACAAACUGCAGUGUCUUUCAGAGGAUGUCAAACUUCUGCCUGCGCUCACUGUGCUCGAUGUACAUGAUAAUCAGCUGACAUCUCUUCCUUCUGCUUUGGGACAUUUAGAAAAUCUUCAGAAACUUGAUGUCAGCCACAACAAACUGAAAACUAUCCCAGAAGAGUUGAUGCAGUUGACACACUUGAGGAGCCUCCUUCUUCAUCACAAUGAACUGAGUCAUCUGCCGGAUGGAUUUGGGCAGCUUGUCAAUUUAGAAGAAUUAGAUCUUUCCAGCAACCAUCUUACAGACAUUCCAGCAAGUUUUGCUUCGCUCAUUAACGUAGUGCGACUCAGCGUGGCUUACAAUCAGCUCAGGAACCUGCCUGUAGAUAUCAGUGCAAUGAAAAGCUUAAGACAACUGGAUUGUACUAAAAACUACCUGGAAACUGUACCUUCUGAAUUGGCGAGUAUGGCAUCCUUGGAACAACUUUAUCUAAGAAAAAAUAAAUUACGUUACUUACCAGAAUUUCCUUCAUGUAAAUUACUGAAGGAAUUACAUGCUGGUGAAAAUCAGAUUGAAAUUUUAAACGCUGAGAAUCUUAAGCACCUGAAUUCUCUCUCUGUAUUGGAACUUAGAGAUAACAAGAUAAAAUCAGUUCCUGAUGAAAUUACUGUGCUUCAGAAGUUGGAACGACUUGACCUAGCCAACAAUGAUAUCAGUAGGUUGCCUUAUACAUUGGGGAACCUUCCUCAGCUGAAAUUCCUGGCAUUAGAGGGCAAUCCGCUGAGAACCAUUCGAAGAGACCUUCUGCAAAAAGGAACCCAAGAACUUCUGAAAUACCUAAGAAGCAAAAUUCAAGAUGAUGUAACUAGCCCAAAUGAAGAGCCUCCUGUGACAGCCAUGACUCUUCCGAGUGAGUCAAGGAUAAACAUGCAUGCCAUAACUUCACUAAAAUUAUUGGAAUAUAGUGAGAAGCAGGCAACUGUGAUUCCUGAUGACAUGUUUGAUGUAGUCAGAAGCAAUCCUGUCACCACUGUCAACUUCAGCAAAAAUCAGCUGAAUGAAAUUCCUGCAAGGAUUGUGGAGCUGAAAGACUCAGUUUGUGAUGUCAACCUUGGCUUCAAUAAACUCUCAUCUAUUUCCUUGGAGCUUUGCAUGCUUCAUAAAUUGACACAUUUGGAUAUCAGAAAUAAUUUUUUGACAUCUUUACCUGAGGAGAUGGAGGCACUGACAAGACUGCAAAUAAUAAAUCUUUCCUUUAAUAGAUUUAAAGUGUUUCCCAGCGUCCUUUAUCACCUCCUAACACUGGAGACUAUCCUGCUCAGUAACAAUCAGGUUGGGUCCGUAGAUCCUCUGCAGUUGCAGAAGAUGGACAAGCUUGGAACGCUGGACCUGCAGAACAACGACCUUCUCCAGGUGCCACCAGAACUUGGAAACUGUGAAACUCUGAGGACGCUUCUGUUAGAAGGAAAUCCAUUCCGUAUUCCCCGAGCAGCCAUUUUGGCAAAGGGAACAGCUGCGGUGCUAGAAUAUCUAAGAAGCCGAAUUCCUACUUAAUACAAUAGUUUGUUUCCCUGUUAGGCUUGUGAAUCAAUCUCUUCAUCUGGCUGCUGCCAUAAAGCAUGUAUAGUACUGUUAAUAGCUUGUAUGUUAAAAAGGAACUCACCCAUGAAGUGUUUUUCCCCCAAGGUUGCAUGUUUCAACAUUGUUUUAAAAUCCCACAAUAUAUUUGUUUACACUUUUUGUAAUAAAGGAUGAUGUUGAAAGCUGGCUUCCAUAAUAAUGACAGUGUUUUUUCUAUAAUUAAGCUAAUUUUUAAAAGAAUUAGAAACACCAAAGUAUUUGAGCAUAAGGCAGGAAUUAACUUUCUGAUUUUUGUAUGCCUCUUUUAUAAAUAUUUGUUACGUAACCUUCUCUAAAGUUUUUGGUUUCUUAGCUGUUGCCUCAAACAAUUUUGAAAUUGGAUUGCCUCAAACACAUUACUGGUCUGUCUGUGAUAAAGUGCUUGAAACCUCAAACUGCGUGAUUAUGGUACAAAUACAGUAUGAAACGUACUACAAACUGCAUGCAUGGCUUAUGUAAAAGUCAUCCAGCUGUGGGUGACGUUGGUGGCUGCACUGAAACAAUAAAUGUUUCCUGUUGGA